AUGAAGGAUCACUCAAAUAGCAUCCUCUGUGUGGAGGCAGCAGAGCUGAGCAAGACGGAGUUCUGCAAUCCUGCUUUUGAGCCUGAAUCAGGGCCACAUUGCCCCCUGUCAGCCUUCCAGGAGGAGGCCAGCUGUGGCACCAGCGCUCCCUGGCAGGGCCAGCGUCCCCGAAGGCUGCGGACUGACUGCCGCUUCUCCUGGCUGUGCGUCCUGCUGCUGGCUGUUCUGCUACUCCUGCUGCUUGGGCUGCUGGUGGCCAUCAUCCUGGCCCAAUUACAGGCUACACCUUCAGCUGGGGCCUCCUCCCACCUACUGCCCAGCCAAGGCCUCACCACCACGAGUGCCAUCCCCACCCAUGGCAUCACUGCCACCAUCACCUCUCAGGCAACUGGGACUCCUAAAAGGCCUCAGGAAGCAGGCAUGAGCCCCACAUCUCAGCCCACCUGUGGGGGCCUCCUUCCUGGCCCCAUGGGCUUCUUCAGCAGCCCCAACUACCCGGACCCUUAUCCACCUAACGUCCAUUGCGUUUGGCAUAUCAAGGUGGCCACAGACCAAGCCAUUCAGCUCAGAAUUGACGCUCUCAACAUAGAGAAUGUAGCCUCCUGUCUUUUCGAUCGCUUGGAAAUCUCCCCGGUGCCUGAAGGCCCCCUUCUCCGAGUGUGCGGGAAGGUGCCUCCCCCCACACUCAACACCAAUGCCAGCCACCUCCGGAUGGCCUUCGUCUCUGACAACAGUGUGGAGGGAUUUGGCUUUCAUGCCUGGUACCAGACUGUGGCUCCUGGGCACGGAAGCUGUGCCCCCGAUGAGUUUCCCUGUGACCAGCUCGUGUGCCUGUUACCUGAAUCAGUGUGCGAUGGUUUUGCCAAUUGUGCUGACGGCAGUGACGAGGCCAACUGCAGUGCCAAGUUCUCGGGGUGUGGGGGGAAUCUGACUGGGCUCCAGGGCACUUUCUCUGCCCCCAGAUAUCUGCAGAGGUACCCUCACCAACAGCUAUGCACCUGGCAUAUCUCAGUGCCUGCCGGACAUGGCCUGGAACUACAGUUCCACAACUUCAGCCUAGAAGCCCAGGAUGAAUGCAAGUUUAACUACGUGGAGGUGUACGAGACCAGUAACUCCGGGGCCCUGAUCCUCCUGGGCAGGUUCUGCGGAGCACAGCCACCACACCGCCUCACCUCCUGGAGACCCCAGCUGGCUGUGCUCUUUAGGACUGACCGUGGCACCAGCAGCGGGGGCUUCUCGGCCACCUACCGGGCCCUCAAUGCCACAGAGAACCCCUGUGGGCCCAGAGUGUUUUCCUGCCAGGACAGACGGUGUCAGAAUCUGCAGUGGAUGUGUGACACAUGGAGGGACUGUGCAAGCAGCAGUGAUGACAACUGCAGUAGCUCCCUGUUCCCAACCCCAGAGCUGGCCUGCGAGCCCAUCCGGGUGGAGAUGUGCAUCGGCCUGAGCUACAACACCACAGCCUUCCCUAACAUCUGGGUGGGCAUGGCCAGCCAGGAGGAGGUGGUGGAGGUUCUCGGAGGUUACAAGAGUCUGACAAGUCUGCCCUGCUACCAGAAUUUCCGGAGGCUGCUUUGUGGGCUGCUGGUGCCCCAAUGCACCCCGAUCGGCAGUGUUCUCCCCCCUUGUCGCUCAGUCUGUCAGGAGGCAGAACACCAAUGCCAGGGUGGCCUGACCCUAAUGGGCACUCCCUGGCCCUUCAACUGCAACAGGCUGCCUGAGGCGUCUGGUCUGGAGGCUUGUGCCCAGCCCUGACCCUGAAGCCACGCCUGCCCUGUCUCCCACCCUCCUUUGCGUGUCAGGGUGGGCAGGAUGGGGAACAGAGGAGGGGGCAGCGCCCGCUGUGCCCACCCCCUCUGGGCCUCAUAGGGAAGCAGACCUCAAG